AUGAAAAAGGCUGGCGAGGAAGAAAAGAGAAUAGCUUUAGACUGUGGUGAUAUAGAUGUUGAUGGUAUUCCUAUGAUUACAGUAGUUGCGGAUGGACAAUGGUCCAAACGGAGCUAUAAGACAAAGUAUGACGCGUCAUCUGGUGUUGCAACAAUAAUUGGCCAUAAGACCAAUAAAGUUUUGUUUGUUGGUAUUCGCAACAAAUAUUGUGUUGUUUGCCAGAGAUCAGCGUCGAGAAAGGAAGUUGUAGAACACAAAUGUUUCCUAAAUUGGAAAAAAUCGUCCACGAGUAUGGAAGCUGAUGGUGUGGUUGAAGGCUUUUUAAAAAGCCUGGAAAUGCACGGACUGAAGUUUAAUCGACUAAUUGGGGACGGAGAUAGUAGUGUAACAAAAAGGCUCCACGAAAUUCAGCCGUACGGACCAAACUUUUAUAUAAAAAAAAUUGAAUGUUGUAAUCAUUUGCUACGAAACUAUAUAACUAAGUUGACUACGUUAGCUAGGAAUUCAAAAUAUCCACUUCGUGUCCGCAAAUUUAUAUUAAAAAACAUUUUUCGGUUCCGGUCUGAUGUCACUAAAGCUGCCAAUCAUUGGAGACAUUUAAAUGGUUUAACUAUAUCUCAAAAAAUGAAAGGAAUUCGAAAAGAUUUGAGUAACGGUCCAUUUCAUCGCUUAGGUGAUCAUACCAAUUGUGAAACUUAUUUUUGCGAUUCAAAAACCAACGAAAGGAAUCUAGUUCCAGAAGCUGUCGGUGGGGGCAUUAUGUCUGAAAUUCAAAAUUGUGUGUCGAGAUUAAUUGUUAAUGCCGAAAGUUUAUUGGAAAAUAAAGACAACAAUAUUUGUGAACAAUUUAACUCGCUAAUUAACAAACACGUUGCUGGUAAAAGAAUUAAUUUUUCUAGUCGAGGGAACUAUAAUACACGUGUUGAAGCUGCCGUUGUAUCAUUUAAUAGUAAGCAAUUUUUACGAAAGCUUCACAAAAAGAUGACAAAUAAUUUCAGUCCAGGAAAAUUUGGAAAAAAAUAUUUAAAAAACCAUAAUAGAAUAGUUGGUAACACUAAACGAAGACGAGCAUUAUUCCCUGAAACCCGUAAGUUUAAAAAAACUCGUACAGAUAACGGACCAGAUGAGGACUAUGGUUUAGCUGAGCCUUUAGUCGACGAGAUAUCACCAGAAAUGUUUGAAGAAAAAAAAAAUCAAUUCCUUGUUUCAUUAAAAAACUCAAAUAUUGAUGAAAUUGAAUCCAAUACUCGAGAUCAAACCAAUAGUGAAGCAUGGUACAGAGAACGCAGAUUACGUCUUACGGCUUCUCGGUUUGGUCAGAUUUGUAAAAUGCGUAGUACUACAAGUUGUAAAAACACGGUUUAUAAUAUUUUAUAUGCAUCUGAAGCCCAAUCAAAAUCGUUACAAUAUGGUCGUGACAUGGAGGAUAUAGCUCGAAAAGAAGCUCAGAAAAUUAUUGGUGAACAAAUUCAGGCCAUAGGUUUGAUAGUAGACCCGAUAAUUUCAUACCUAGCUGCUAGUCCAGAUGGUUUGGUUGGAAGUAAUGCAGUUGUAGAAAUAAAAUGCCCGUUUGUAGCACAAAAUACUGUUAGUGCAGUUGACGCAGUAGAAAAAAAACUCUUACAAUAUUGCAGUUUAAUUAAUAACAAGGUUGUACUAAAACACGACCAUGCAUAUUUCUUCCAAAUCAUGGGACAGUUACAUAUUUCACAGAGAGAAAUAUGUUAUUUUAUAGUAUACACUUCCAACUGGAUCCAUGUUGAAAAAAUCCAAUAUGAUAACCAUUUUUGGGAAACUAAAAUGGCAAAACCACUACAAACAUUUUACUUGGAAUGUUUGUUACCGGAAUUAAUAGACCCUCAGUUUCCAAAAAGAUUGUUGAAAUCGGACAUUCGAGAGCCUGUCCGAAUUCAAAAUAGUAUAAAAAAUCAAGAAAAAAAAAGAAGAUAUAAACACAUUAUUUAUAUAAAAUUUUAA